AGCUUCAUUCCUCUGUGAAUUUACAGUAAAAUUAUGAAUUAAACCGAUCUUAGCUACUCUCUACAUUUUACGGAUUGCACAUUUAGUCCAUAUUUGAGUUCGGCAUUGCUAUUUUUGAUCGAUCUCAUACAUUUGAAAGAUGUCUGUGGUGGGUUUUGAUCUGGGAUAUCUGAAUUGCUAUGUAGCAGUAGCUCGAGCUGGUGGAAUCGAGACUGUUGCGAAUGAAUACAGCGAUCGAUGCACACCAGCAUGUGUUUCUUUUGGACCACGAAAUCGAUCUAUUGGUGCUGCGGCUAAAAGCCAGAUGGUCACUAACUGCAAAAACACUGUCCACGGAUUCAAACGUUUCCAUGGCCGGGCCUUUUCGGAUCCAUUUAUCCAAAACGUUAAGUCCAAGCUUGUUUAUGACCUGGCACAGAUGCCUACAGGAACAACAGGCAUUAAGGUGAUGUACAUGGAGGAGGAGAAGGUGUUCAGUAUCGAGCAGGUCACAGCGAUGCUCCUCACCAAACUGAAGGAGACCGCAGAGAAUGCCCUGAAGAAACCUGUUGCUGAUUGUGUGAUCUCUGUCCCGUGCUUUUUCACUGAUGCUGAGAGAAGAUCUGUCAUUGAUGCAGCUCAGAUUGCAGGACUCAACUGCCUGAGACUUAUGAAUGAAACCACAGCAGUGGCACUUGCAUAUGGGAUUUACAAGCAGGAUCUUCCAGCCCCUGAGGAAAAGCCGAGGAAUGUGGUGUUUGUGGACCUUGGCCAUUCAGGCUACCAGGUCUCGGUCUGUGCAUUUAAUAAAGGCAAACUGAAGAUGCUUGCCAAAGCCUUUGACCCUGAGAUUGGAGGCAAAGACUUCGAUGAAAGACUGGUGCAGCAUUUUUGUGAUGAGUUUGCAGUGAAGUACAAGCUUGAUGUGAAGUCCAAGCCCAGAGCUUUGGUCCGACUGUACCAGGAGUGCGAAAAGCUUAAGAAACUGAUGAGCGCAAACUCCUCCGAUCUGCCCCUUAACAUCGAGUGUUUCAUGAAUGACAUUGAUGUGUCAAGUAAAUACAGCAGGGCUCAGUUUGAAGACAUCUGUGCUGAUAUUUUGGCAAGGGUCGAACUACCACUGCGCAGUCUAAUGGAACAAGCUCAUCUGAAGAAAGAUGAUAUUUAUGCUGUAGAAAUAGUGGGAGGAGCCUCUAGAAUGCCAGCAGUCAAAGAGAGAAUCAGCAAAUUCUUUGGAAAGGAAACAAGCACAACGCUGAAUGCAGAUGAGGCCGUGGCCAGAGGAUGUGCCCUUCAGUGCGCUAUUCUCUCCCCGUCUUUUAAAGUCCGAGAGUUUUCCAUAACAGAUCUGGUUCCUUUUCCAGUCUCUGUGAAAUGGAAUUCUGCAGCUGAAGAUGGAGUCAGUGACUGUGAGGUGUUCCCAAAGAACCACCAAGCACCUUUCUCCAAAGUGUUAACCUUUUACCGGAGAGAGCCUUUUUCCUUGGAUGCUUACUACAAUAGUCCUAAAGAUCUCCCUUAUCCAGAUCCCACAAUAGGCCAGUUUGUUAUCCAGAAGGUGGUGCCACAGGCCACAGGUGAGAGUUCAAAGGUAAAGGUGAAGGUGCGAGUAAAUAUCCAUGGGAUCUUCAGCGUGUCGAGUGCCUCACUAGUUGAGGUCCAGAAGUCUGAAGAGGAAGAGGAGACCAUGGACACUGAGCAGACCUCAGAAAAAGAAAACGAGAGUAAAAUGCAGGUUGAUCAAGAGGAACAGAAGUCACCGGGAGAUGAACAGGAAGCUGGAGAGAAAAAAGCUGGAGCAGAGGAAAUGGAGACUUCUACUGAGGAAGGCAAGCAGGAGAAAAAAUCGGAUCAGCCUCCACAGGCCAAGAAGCCCAAAGUAAAAACAAAGGUCUUGGAUCUACCCAUUGAAAACAAUCCACAGUGGCAGUUAGCCAUUGACAUGCUGAAUCUGUUUGUGGAGAGUGAGGGUAAAAUGAUCAUGCAGGACAAGCUUGAGAAGGAACGUAAUGAUUCCAAGAACUACGUGGAGGAGUACGUUUAUGAGAUGAGAGACAAACUACAUGGGAUAUUCGAGAAGUUCGUCAGUGAGAGUGAUAGAGAUGCUCUUUCAUUAAAACUAGAAGACACUGAGGUCUGGCUGUAUGAAGAGGGUGAGGAUCAAACUAAACAAGUGUACAUCGACAAACUUACUGAACUAAAGAAACUCGGCCAACCCAUUCAAGAAAGAUACCGAGAAUAUGAAGAGAGACCCAAAGCUUUUGAAGAUCUGGGCAGACAGUUGCAACAUUACAUGAAGAUUGUAGAGGCCUACAAAACCAAGGAGGAGCAGUAUGACCAUUUGGAUGAGGCGGAAAUUCAGAAGGUGGACAAGAUGGUGAAUGAUGUCAUGAUCUGGAUGAACAGUCAAAUGAACCAGCAGAGCAAACAGAGUCUCGCAGUAGAUCCUGUGGUGAAGGUGUCAGAGAUACAGGCCAAAACACGGGAGCUGUUCUCUUCCUGCAAUCCUAUUGUGACCAAACCCAAGCCCAAAGUGGACCUGCCAAAAGAAGAGAACCCAGCAGAGCCAAACGGUCCAGUUGAUGGCGAGGCAACCGCUGAGGCUCAGUCCAGUGGUACAGAACAAGCUGCAACAGACAGUGCAGAAACUACAGAAGCCAAGCCUGAGAUGGACCUUGAUUAAACGCGCUGUGUAAUGUUAUGUUAACAUUACACGUUAUGUUAAUGUUAACUGUUAUGUUUCCAGUGGCUGCUAAACCCAUAAUCACUGUCCUAACAGCAGGACAACUGGUGAGAUCGCAGAGAGAAUCAGUGGUUACAUUUGCAUGUUUUUUUAUAUUACGAAAAUCAAAACUCAUAAUGCUGUAAGCCCUCUGAGAACAGUUCUGUUCUAGUAAUAUGCCGUUUGGUUGUUUCAAUAAAUAUGGACUGGAGCAUGUGCGUUUAUG